AUGCGGUCUUUCAUCAACCUAUUGUACCUGGCACUGCUCGCCUCGGUCGUCUCGGCAGCACCAGCACAAAACGAGGAGCGAUCCAUCCAGAAGAGGUCCUUCAAGGUUGAACGGGUACGGAAUGUGAACUUUCAGGGACACAAUGGCCCCAGGGAGUUGAUGAAGGCGUAUGCCAAGUACAGCAUGCCGGUUCCUCAACAGCUCCGCGAUGCCAUCGCAGCUCAAGCCAAGACCCAAGCGGAGCCUCUUGUCCAGUCUAAGAAGGCCAAGGGAGCGAAACACAAAGCUGCCGGCAAAAGCAACAACGGCACCGCUCAGGGUUCUGGUUCUUCAACCGGUACGGUCACGGCAAAGCCCGAGGCCGGUGAUGUCGAGUACCUGUCUCCCGUCAACAUCGGUGGACAGACGCUGAACCUGGAUUUCGACACUGGAUCUUCGGAUCUCUGGGUCUUCAGCACCAAGCUUACCGAUAAGAAAUCCCAGGCCGGCCACGUCAACUAUGACCCGUCAAAGUCGAAGACCUUCAAGCAGACUGAGGGAUCCACGUUCAACAUCAGUUAUGGUGAUGGAUCCGGAGCGGCUGGUAUCGUCGGCACUGAGACUGUCGAGAUUGGCGGCGUCACCGUCACUGAACAGGCGGUCGAGUUGGCCACACAGGUUUCGGGAUCUUUCGUCAAGGACACAGCCAACAACGGACUUUGCGGCCUCGCGUUCUCCGUGCUCAACACGGUCAGGCCGGUUCCCCAAAAGACCUUCUUCGACAACGUCAUGUCCAGCCUGGCUGAGCCUUUGUUCACUGCUGAUCUGCGCAAAAAUGCCACCGGCGCCUACGAGUUUGGCAAAAUUGACACCACCAAGUUCACCGGUGAGAUGAAGUUCAUCCCCGUCAACACCACCCGCGGCUUCUGGCAGUUCUCGAGCGAUAAGUUCCAGGUUGGUGACGGAGCAGUCCAGCAGGGCACCAAGAAUGGCCAGGCCAUUGCCGACACCGGCACCACCCUCAUUCUCGCCAACUCUGCCACCAUCAACGGUUACUACAGCAAGGUCUCCGGAGCCGCCAACGAUGCAUCGGUCGGUGGCAUCACCGUCCCUUGCGAUGCUAAGAUGCCCGACUUGAAGCUUGACAUUGGUGGUGUCAUGGCCAAGGUUAAGGGCGAGGACCUUAUCUUUGCUCAGGUCCAGGGUAACACUUGCUACGGUGGAUUGCAGGCAACCACAUCAAGUCUUCAAAUCUAUGGCGACAUUUUCUUCAAGUCGCAGUUUGUCGUCUUCAAUGGUGGCAACAAAACUCUAGGUAUCGCCGACCACGCGUAGAUAAAGGGGGCAUGUUCAUUUGGAUGAAAAGAGGGGUCACAUUAUGUAUGAACCAUGUUUCGCAUGAAUUUUACCGUUGCCUGCAUAAGUCGAGUUUACUAUUUUCUUGGUGGUUUUUGUUCACUUUUUUUUUUUUUUGUCAUGAUUUCCAGCCAUACAUAUCCCGAAAAGUGGCCUC